AAACCCCACCAAGUAAAAUGUUCCCCGAAAUGCCAAUGAACGACUUCAUGACAGGGUUCGGUCUGGGUGACCGAGCUUGGGCCGAAUUGAUGGGGACCGUGGGAGAGCCCCCCGGCGACCUAAUCCGGACCGGUGCCCCGAACGUCGUGUGCUCAGUCCUCCCGCCUCAUUGGAGGUCGAAUAAGACCCUCCCGUCGGCCUUCAGAGUCGUGGCACUGGGCGCAGUCCAGGAUGGCACUGUAGUGACCAUUCGUGCCGGAAACGACGAAAAUUGCUGUGCGGAAAUACGUAAUAACUCGGCUGUCAUGAAGAACCAAGUCGCCAAAUUCAACGACCUCCGCUUCGUGGGACGCUCAGGCAGAGGGAAGAGUUUCCUACUGACGAUCACCAUUAGCACGACGCCCCCGCAAGUUGCAACUUACACCAAGGCCAUCAAGGUGACAGUUGACGGGCCGCGGGAACCCAGGUCAAAGUCACGCUGUAGUGGCUUUCCCUGGCUGGGCCGACCAUUUCUUCCGUCUCUGGACCACUUGAGACCAGACCCUUUGGCAGCCUCUUUGGGUCUCAAAUACACAGAGUAUGGAUACGCGGAUAAUAAUAAUAGCCACGAAAGCAAUGACGAGGUUAUGGCUCUCGCCCUGCCAAUGAGAAUGCUCGGGUUCGAUGACCUACCUGGCGGAGACGCUCUGGGUCUCGUCGACACGGGAUGGGCCACCUACCCACCUCCAGGAUAUCCGCCUUCCUACUUAGGAUCGUCUCUUCCAGCCUGCCCUUCCGCCCACGGUCCGCACGGGCAGAGUCACCUGAGUUCCGCCCUUCCUCCUGGUGCCCCACAGGGA